AUGGCUCCGGGCCGGGCGCUGCUGCCCGCGGCGCUGCUGGCGCUGGCGCUGAGCCCGGGCCCCGCGGCCGCGCUGCCGUGCAUCGCUGAUUGCCCGGCGGGUACGUUCGCAGCGAGCGCGGACUGCGGCUGGGGAGCGGGCGCGUCCUGCCGGCCCUGCCCGGCCGGCACCUUCUCCAGCGAGGCGGGACGCGAAGCCUGCAGAAUGUGUCGGCGGUGCGAAGGACUAUUUCAGUAUUUAAAGGCGUGUUCCUCAACAAGAGAUGCUGAGUGCACGUGCAGGAAAGGCUAUCGCUGCGGCGGUGAUGGCUGCUCCUACUGUACACGAAGCUGUGGCGUGGGACAGGAGAGCACCAGGAACGGUUGCCAGACUUGCCGCUAUGGAACCUUUAAUGAUCAGCCCAAUGGCUCCUGUAAAAACUGGACAAUGUGUUCUGGAAACCAAGUCCUGGAGCCUGGAACUCCAGCAAAAGAUGUGGUCUGCAAACACACUUCAGUUAAUUCCAGUUUAGUCACUACUCUACCUACCACAUCUCUUGAAAUUCCCUUUUCUACCACUGUGCCAGGGAAGAAGGAUGUUCAGACAGACAUGAUCAGGAUUUCUCUAGCUGUGGCUGGGCUGUUGUGCAUAAUGUUUCUGCUGCCUUUGUGCAUCUGCUUCAGUGUCUGGCAGAAAAAGAAACUACCUGCUGUCUUCAAGAAAAGGCACACACUUGAACAGUCAGUUCAGGAAGAUGAUGCCUGCAGCUGCCACUUUCCUGAGGAAGAACAAGGUGAAUAUCAGGACCCUGGCAAAUCCACAGAAUCCAGAGAUCUUCUGGCGAAUUAGAAAUUGAACUGUCCAAGUCAGCCACAUUUGAAUUUUCUUUUGGAACACAGAACAAGAACCUGUUUGUGUAAAUAGAGCGGGUGUCAGCAGCGGAAUGUUAGAGCGGUAGAUAGCCCAGCCACUGAGGAAAAAGUGCCUUUUUAAUAUUUCUUUGAAAAUAAUUAAAAACCCCUCCAAAACA